CCUUUCACUUCCCGCAGCCACCUCGCCAGUACCCGAGACAUGCAAACGCCCAAGCGCCAAGACCCUAGCAUUCACUCCAUGACAUGUCCGCACCUCGUUGUUUGCCAGAUAGUAUAAACUUCUACCCACCUUCUCUCCCUUCAGACAGACGCCGUCAACUCUGCAACUCCUCCAGCACGACCGAACCCUGGCCCUCAGCAUGGCACGUGAACCCUUCGACUGGGAGCAGCGCGCCCUUGGCUACUACAAUCGCGUCCACGACUGGCUUACCAACACGCGCAUCGAAUACUGGUUCACGGACCCAUAUGGACAGUUCGUUACCAUCUGCAGCGUCCUCAUCCUAGCCUGCCUCGUUAGCGCCUUCAGCUUGGGCCUGAUGCGCGACGUCAAGCACCUCUGGACACGCAUCACCAGCAAGAAGCCCCACGCGAUCGUUGAGGAUAUCGCGCAAACGGAGAUGGCGGACUCCACCACUCCAUUCCAAACACCCUUCCAGCCUGCACCCAGUACGCCACAUCCGCACCAUUUCUCCUCGCCCUCCGCUCCCGCGACCACAAACCUCGACGUCUCCACCAUCCAUGUCCACCAACACCGCACAGGCCGCGUCUCCACCCCCGGCUACCAGACCCCCUUCGCGGACGCCUUCGCCAACCGCGACUUCUCUGUCCUUCAGAAAUAUGCACCGGAGACGUACGCAGUGUUGCAGGAAAAGGGGUUGCUGAACAAGGAUGGCACGCCGACGAAGAAAUUGCAGGAGAACAAGAAGUUCCACUGGGGAAAGGUGAAGGAUGAGAAUGAGCAUGAGGCGGAAAGAGCGAAGGUGACGGUCGAGGAGUUAGUCAUGGAUGAGGAGAAGCGGGUGAGGAUGCGGAAGGCGGCGCUGGAUAGGAUGAAGCACGAGGUAGAUGCUGAGUAGGAGGCAGCGUGUGGGAAGGGUUUGUGAUGCCACGGCGUCUUGCGAUAGUUUGGGACGUUACAUUGGUCUUUGGCAUCAUCGGUGGCCUUUGGUGGAUCUCGCAACAGACGACUCCAAUGCUAUGAAUGCUGAUACUUGGCCUGUUGCUUCCCCUUUCGGUUUCUCUUACAGCCUCAGAGGCUUUUUCGGU